AGUUCGAAUGUUAAAUAGUAAUUCUGAAACAAAAACCCCUGCUAAACCCUAAUCCACGCCGACACCUUUCACCCCAAUACUCCCAGCAUCAAUGGCGAAAAGAAAACGCCAACCACACAGCGCGAAUGAUCAAGAAAUAGCAGAAGAUAAAGAGGUUGUUGCAGAAGAAGUAGUAGAAGAAGAACAUGUUACUGCAGGAGAAGUAGUAGAAGAAGAACAGGAUGACGAUGAACGGAGCUUCGAAGAAUUGGGGCUCGAAGCCCGACUAGUUCGUGCCUUAUCGAAGAAAUCAAUCGAGAAGCCCACUCCAAUCCAGCGCGUUGCUAUCCCUCUCAUCCUCGAGGGUAAAGAUGUGGUGGCUCGGGCAAAAACCGGCUCCGGUAAAACAUUAGCUUAUCUGCUCCCGGUGCUUCAGAAACUGUUUGCUGAUUCGCCGUCGAAAUCGAAUCUUGCUCCCGCCGUGUUUAUUCUUGUUCCAACACGAGAGUUGUGCCAACAAGUUUAUUCGGAAGUGACGUCACUGAUUGAGCUAUGCAGAGUGCAACUAAAAGUUGUUCAGCUAAGGAGCACGAUGUCUGCUUCUGAUUUGAGAACGUCUUUGGCUGGGCUUCCUGAUAUUGUUGUAUCAACUCCUGCUUGUGUACAAACAUGCUUGAAAAAUGGCACUCUUCAAGCUAAAGCUCUUCAAGAAUCACUUUCAGUUCUUGUCCUUGAUGAGGCAGAUCUUCUGUUGUCAUAUGGAUAUGAGGACGAUAUAAAAGCACUUACAGCUUAUAUUCCUAAGCGCUGCCAGUGCCUUCUCAUGUCUGCUACUUCAAGUGCUGAUGUUGAAAAGCUGAAAAAGCUUAUAUUACAUAACCCAUACAUUCUAACACUACCAGAGGUGGGAGACGUAAAGGAUGACAUCAUCCCCAGAAAUGUUCAGCAGUUUUAUAUUUCGUGUAGUGCACGUGACAAGCUUAUCCAUAUCCUUGCUCUCUUGAAACUGGAGCUGAUUCAAAAGAAAGUGCUGAUUUUUGUUAAUUCCAUUGACACGAGUUUUAGAUUGAAGCUAUUCUUUGAACAGUUUGGAAUAAAAUCUGCAGUUUUAAAUGCUGAGCUGCCUCAGAAUUCUCGCCUGCAUAUUCUUGAGGAGUUUAAUGCUGGUCUGUUUGAUUACCUUAUUGCAACUGACGACAGUCAAUCAGCAGAAGAGCAGAAUGAUAAGGAAACUCAUGCUUCUAAAAAAAAAUCUAAAAAGCACUCCAAGAAGUUGGAUGCAGAAUUCGGGGUAGUAAGAGGAAUAGACUUUAAAAAUGUGUACACGGUGGUGAACUAUGACAUGCCUCAAACUGCACCUGGAUAUGUGCAUCGGAUCGGACGUACUGGAAGAGCAUAUAAUACUGGUGCAUCUGUUUCUCUAGUUUCUCCCGAGGAGAUGGAAAUUUUUGAAGAGAUCAAAUCUAUUUUGGGCGAAAAUGAUGCGGAUGACUCCAAAUACAUUGCUCCAUUCCCUUUGCUUAGUAAAAAUGCCGUGGAGUCCUUGCGCUACAGAACCGAGGAUGUUUCGAGGAGUAUAACAAAACUUGCAGUGAGAGAAUCACGAGCACAGGAUCUAAGAAAUGAAAUUCUCAAUUCUGAGAAGUUGAAGGCUCAUUUUCAAGAUAACCCAAAGGACUUAGAUCUGUUGAAACAUGACAAAGUUCUGAGCAAAAAGGAACCUGCUGCGCACCUUCGUGAUGUGCCGGAGUACUUACUUGACGCAACAACAAAAGAAGCUAGCAAGAUUGUAAAGCUUGCUAGAGCUGCCAUGGGAAAUACAGGUUCUACUAAUCGCAGAGGUUUCAAAGGAAAAUUCAAAAAAAGUAGAGAUCCCUUGAAAACAUUCUCUGCUGAGGCACCAAAGCGGGGCCGUAAAGGCGGAAUGAAGAGGAAAGGUAAGAACCAGGAUGAGUGACACUCACUAACACCAGAAAACUUGAAAUUAUAUUGAGGAUAGGUGAGACUUAAAACCUUCAUUACAAGGACAGGUUAGCAGUGUGGAACAUUCCUCAAAAGAGAACAUUGUCUUGCAGCUCUACUCAUACCCAAAAAUGAGGAAAGAGAGCUAGUAGUUGUUUUGGAGGAGAUUGUUAUAGGUUCACUGGAAAUUUUGUGAUUGUAGAUUAUAUGCAAGAAAGUUAUUUAUAUAUAUAUUCAAGAAUUGUAAUGUAUGUUGGCAAAUUAAGUUGCUGAAAAUUUUGGGCA